CCAGUUGUGCAUUGUGCUGCUAUCUUAUGGUGUCCAGACAAACCAGUGUAACAUUAGGAAAGCGCGCAUAUAUACCUUCUAUUGUUGAUGUAUACAUUGUUCUAUGGCGACUACAGUAGUGUUGUGGAAAUGGAUAGCUGAUAUUUGAAGAUCAUGGCAUCUAAGAAAUUAACUUCAGAAGAAGCAUUAGCCCUAUAUUUUUCUUUGCCUGAAAAUGCAAGUGAAUCUGAAGAAGAUGGUGACACUUCAGAUGAAGAUGAACAUGAACCUUUUGUUCCAGUAACAACUAGAAAUGAAGCACAACAAUCUCCAUCUUCUUCGAGUGUCUGUGACCCAGGAACUUCUACGCAUACGCCUCAAACAAGAGGUUUUGUCCAGCAACAACAAAAAAUAAAUGAAAGCCAAGAGAGGGCAAUAACAAAGUCAGCAAAUAGGCCUACGUGCAGACAAACUCGUGGCCUACAACGAAAAUCAGAUGAAAUGUUAGAUGAAAAUCUAAGUAGGGUUAGUGCAGGCCAAGUUUCUUCAGAUUCAGAAUCUAGUGAGUCAGACGAGUGUGUAGUUCAGAGUAAUGAAGAAAUAUGGUCCCAGAAUGUACCCCAGUUUUAUGAAUCUUUGCCAGAUUUUAGUGUACCUGUGCAACCUAGAAUACAGUCCUUAGACUUGGUUGAGUGUAGCAGCCCAGGAGAAUUUUUCUGUGCCAUUUUUGACAAUGAACUCUUUGAGCACCUAGUGUCUCAAACAAAUACAUAUGCAAAGCAAAAACAGUUGGUCCACUGGACACCAUGUUGUGUUGAGGAAAUGAAAGCGGUGUUUGGCGUGUUUUUGCUAAUGGCUGUUCAUGUGUUACCAUCAUUAGACCAUUAUUGGUCUUCAGACCCACUCUUCAGAGUUGAAUCAAUUUGUCAGACGAUGACUUGUAAAAGAUUUAAAAAAAUCUUAGAAGCAUUGCACUGUAAUGAUAACACAAAGGCCAAAAAGCGUGGAGAAGAAGGGUAUGAUAAACUGUACAAAAUACGGCCUGUAUUUUCUGUUCUUCGAUCUAAAUUUGUGGCACUGUAUACUCCUUCAUCAUGUCACUCAAUUGAUGAGUGCAUGAUACUCUUCAAAGGGCGGUCUUGUAUGAAACAAUAUAUGCCGCUAAAACCAAUCAAACGUGGGUACAAAGUGUGGGCGAGAUGUGAUCCACUAACUGGUUUCAUGAGCGAUUUUGAUUUCUACACAGGUAAGGGAACUGAAGUACAUGAACAGGCAUUAGGUUCAACACUUGGUUCAAGAGUAGUUACUAAGCUCUGUUCCAGUUUGUUUGGCAGCCAACAACCUACUCUGAUUGUAUUCGAUAAUUUUUUUACUUCUGUAGAAUUACUGGAGAUACUGUAUCAGAAGAAUCUCUCAGCUGUGGGCACUGUUAGGCAAAACAGACGAUACUUACCACCACUACUAAAGAAGAAGAACAAGUUAGCAAAAGGAGAGCAUGUUUACUCAGUGAAAGCUUUUGUGUGUGCAAUUCAGUGGAAAGACAACAGGCAUGUAAACAUCCUAUCAUCUGCACAUAAUCCUCAAGAUAUUGUCGAAGUGAAACGUACACAGAAUGAUGGUACAAGAACUUUAGUCAAAUGCCCAAAAGCAGUAAGAGAUUACACUAUGUAUAUGAGAGGUGUAGAUCGUUUUGACCAGAUACGUGCAACAUACACUGUGUCACGUCGUUCCAGAAAGUGGUGGCACCGAAUUUUUUAUUUUCUGGUAGAUGCUGCACUUGUGAAUUCGUUCAUUUUGUACACACUUUCUGGUGACAGAGGUCAAAUUUCAUACAAACAUCUUGACUAUCAUAUCAGUGUUGCAAAGCAUUUGAUUGGUAAUUUUUCUUCUCGAAAACGGAAAGGUCCUAUUUCUGCCAACUAUUUGAAAAAACGCUUCCAUAAAGAUGGCAAACCCCUUGGAGUUCCUUUAGAAACUAGGUUUUCAAAUGUUGGUGUACAUCUACCUGUUGAAUUGGCAUCAUUCAGAAGAUGCAGACUGUGUUCCUCCAGUAAACACGAAAAAAGGACAAGAGUUGGUUGCAGUCAGUGUGAUGUACCACUCUGUAGUGUCCCGUGCUUUAAGACAUUUCAUACAAAGUGAAGAAUUUUGCUGGAACAUGAAAAAAGCAGUUAAGAUUUGUGUCUUUUUGUAGGCCAUGGGAAUAUUAUUCCCACUUGUUAAAUAUUUGAGCAGGCCAUGGGAAAUAAUUUCCCAUGCUAUUUUGAAAAAACUAACGCAAAACAUUGUUAUAUAAGGGUUUUGUGUAUGAUACUAUUUCCACUGAAUUGUAAAUAAAGUAAUAAAACUGUCUAAAUAUAACAUUUCAUAGUACUGCCUUAUAAAGGGUACACACACAAUAAUUUUUCCUUUAAACGUACUUGCAGAUUGGAAAAUUUUCCAGGUCUCUUGAAACACGUUUAAAAUGUAGUUUUAAUAAUAUGAACUGUAAAUAAUGAUUUAGAUGUUUUCAAAUACAGCAUACAGCAUUGCUGUCAUAAACAAUAUGACACAUUUACCAUACUUGAGCAAAAACUGAUAAAAGAAACAUUACCAUGAGUGCACUUAUUUGCUGAAUCAAUAAUUAUAGUAGUACAUAAUAUGGCAGUACCUGAAUUUUUUUCUUUUGGUUUAAAAUUAUUAUUUAAAACACCAACAGAUUUAAUUAAACGGAGAAAGAAAAAAAAUAAAAUAUAAAAAACAUUUAAGCAUAAGACCGGUAUGCAAAGUAUUGAACACAUGCAUGUACAAUAAGUUAAAAAUUUUAAUAUUUGUUGCAACAUAACCCUAUAAAAAACUUUACUCGCAAAACUUCGCCUCAAAAAUUGUUGCAGGAUGGAACAUUCUGUACUUUACCAACAAAAGAUCAUAGUUGCCCGGUGAUUUCAUUGACUGUGUAUGAAGAAUAUAUUUUCCAAUUUAAGUGCCUUUUAAACACAGUUGCAAUUUCCACAGGCAAUAAUAUUUGCAUGUUUACUUAGUAUUAAUAGAAUUUUAUAGACAUUUCAUAUGUUAAGGGAACUAACUGUACCCAGCAUCUCUGAUUUUUUUUAAAUAUAGGCCUCAUAUUGCAGUACACAUCUGUGGUUGCACAGAACAUCGAACGGGUCUGCACACUUCCAAGCCAGUGUUUGCAUCGCAGUGUACAUGUUACUCAUCUGCGUCGUCAGUGUGAAACACCUAGCUGUUACCUGCUGGCAGUUGCACGCUGGAGCCUGUUCACCAAUCACAGGCCAGACUGGUGCAGCAUGGAUAAGGUUAUAAAUACUUUUAGUUUUUGUUUUGUCACACCAAUUACCGAGAUGAAUGAUUUAAAAUAUAAACUAUAGCAAAAACUGGACAAUGCAUGAUGGAUGUGGCGGGUGGCCCACAGCACACGCCGAACUGCUAUUGGCUGGUAACUUGCGCACUGCGACUGGACAGGGCAACUGUGUCUCGCGGACCACUAAGCCAGUCCCUCAGCCUCUGGUCUGCACAAGUACUUCUUGAUAUAUUAAGGCCUCAAAAAAUAAGCUGUAAAAUUGUCGACAUUAACUGCACAUGUGCUAAGAACUCUCUCUUUUUAGAGUAAUUAUGGGAAGAAAAAGUUCUUCAAUAUUCUGGAUAUUGUUAAAAAGAAAAAAAGGAAGUAAAUUAUUUAUUUAGCAUGUGGUUUCUUGUAAUUAAGUGUGAUGAUGUUUCUGUAAUAAGUCUUUGGAAACAAAAAAAAAGUUUUUUGUUAGAAUACUAUAAAUAUUAGUAGCUGUGUUAUUCAGUAGGCCUGUGCAAGUAAACAAAUUUUCAAAUACAGUGUAAACUCUAUAUAACGACACUUAACGGACUGAGCAUUUUUCGGCGUUAUAGAGUGGUCGUUAAAUGGAGAGAAAUCAAAGAUAUAAUUUUACUAUUCUAUAUAUGUAUUUACUAGGGAUGGGGCGAAUCCUGAUUUCCUCGAAUCCGAAUCCUAACUCAAAUCCUCGACUGGAAUUGCUGAAUCUGGAACCCGAAUCCGAAUCUUUUAACAGAUGAUGUCCACAUAUCUAAUGUAAGUGAGAUGUAUUCUGCUUGCACUAAAAGUCCCUUGACUUUAUCACAUGUAGUUUGGUACAUUUCUGGUAUAGCCUAAGUGUAUAUAAAGACAAAAAUAUUUUCUUGAGAAAUUUCAGUUUUAGUACAGAUUAGCGGUUAGGAUUUUUUCUAUAAAUAAGCUAGAGGUCUGCGAGCCUAAGAAUUUUACUUCGAGCCGAGCUCGAGCUUUUGUGGUACAGUUACACUUUUGGGAAAUUAUUUUUAUCUUAACCUUAGUAUAAUGUUUGAAUAAAGUAUUAAAAUGAAGUGGGCUUAUUAAUUUUGGGUAAGUAUUGACAGUGUGUGUUUACAUUUUGCACUGCUAGAAAAAAAUAACAUUUUCUUUCCCAUUGAAUCUUACAUGUUUCCAUUGGUUUAUUAGUAACUGAUAUCAUCCAACUAACAUAACCAAGUAUAUGUUUGUGUAAAUGUAACAUAUCUUUGGGAAAAUUUCAUCCUUGUCAAUUUUUCUGGAGUCCUUACUGAGCUUCAACAAACUUAGCACCAAAAAUCAUGUUGUUUGAAAAGUACAUUCACAUUGUUUCAACAUUUCCACUUUUCAGCACAAUAAUUCUGAGAGAGAUUGUCACAGAGUAUUAAAUUCUGUUCUUUAAUCUAUCAUGCAGAACAAUAAUUUGUUCUGCAUGUUCAGGAGUUAAAUUAGCUCUACGAUUGGAGAUAGUGUUUCCAGCAGAAGAGAAGCGUCUAUCGCUAGCAACCUGCUUGGCUGGAAUGCUUUAGUAAAAUUGCUUAACCUCAAAAUUAGUGUCAUAAAUAUCUGUAACUGGUCAUUAAAGUUUAAUCAAUUGAAAGUAAUAAAAUAAAAGCAUUUUACUUCAUUCAAUUUACACUUGCAAAAAAAAAAACAUACACACAUAAACCUACAUGGAAAUUAGUCUUUUUCAAUAUCCUGAAAUCUGAAAUAUGUUUACUCAUGUCAUUAAAUGUAGAGCUGUAUUGAAGAAGCCGAUUUUGCCAAUAUUUAGUUGAAUCGGCAUUUCUGCCGACUUCCGAUACAGUACGCUUGUUAAUUUUCGGCCGAUAUUACUGAAAAACGAAAGAGACUGACAUAACCUAAAAAUCCACGAGUACCAUUUUCACUUUUCGUAGUAGUACUGCAUUCUUUCACAUCACAUUAUUUCUUAGCAAAAUGUGCCAACCGUACAUAUCAAAGUUUAACAUCCUUUUUUUUUUCAACAAUGUUCUUUAAUUUAAUAUGUCAUAAAUAAAUAAUACAUUACUAUCACGGUAAAUAUAGUGCAAAUAUGGUAGCCAUCAUGCUUCUGUAGUAAUUAUGGUAUCUAUAAAGAAUCUUUAGUUCUUAUUAUGGUAAUUAUCUUAAAAUAUCUAUUGGGUUUGUACUGCAGUUAUGGUACAUCAUUCAUAUUUCUUCGUAUGUUGUUGUUCAUUUGUCUUUUUUUCAUAUUUACGUGCGCCAUUAUUUGAGACAGAAAGUUUCAGAAAAAAUUUUAACGGACUUUAUGUCACACAUUUAAUGGCGUAAAUGAUGAGACCUCGGGCAAUUUAAACGCUUUAUACGGAAAAACCUAACAUGCGGGACCUAGUGAGUUUUACUGUAUUUUUUUUCCCGUAAAUAGUAAAAAACCGAAUCCUUUGACGAAUCCUAUAUCAGACCCGCCGAAUCUUCGAAUCCCUAGGAUUCGGCGGAUUCGGCGGAUAUUGGAUUCGGCGGAUAUUGGAUUCGGUCGCCCCAUCCCUAGUAUUUACUAAUAUAGUACACAUUUUACUCACGAACAUUAAUAUUCAUACAAAUAACAUUUUACUCACGAACAUUAAUAUUCAUACAAAUAACAACACUUAUUGUGUAUAGUUUUUUUUUUUUUUUUUUUUUGUUUUUCCAUAUUGUAGACAUGGUAGAGCGGCUAAAUCCAAAGCGUCUUCCAACAUCACUGAUCUUUUCACCCGUCUCUAUUGAGCGUAUUAAUAAAACAUUUUCGUUAAUACACAAAGAUUUUGGUUUACUCGCCAUGUUUACAGUUCAAAAGUCUGUAUAAGCAACUGCGAUAAUGUUAACUUGUAACAAAUUGUCAAAAGUCUAGUGACAGAGGUAAACAUGUGCAAGUUCAUCGUUAAAAAACCAAAGACAAAAUUUCUUAGAAUUUCCGGUACCUACGUCAGUCGAAGUAAACACAUGCUCGAAAUACAACAACAAAACAGCAAACAAAAGAACCUAAAGCACGUACACAGCUGCAGUUCGUAUCAACUUCGGCAACUUAGAAAGUUCUGCUUAAUGAUUUAUAAUGCCGUAUUGUUGUCGUUCAAUAGAGUGAGCGUGACACUAUACAGAGUGUAUUAUUGUAUAGAAAACAAGGUAAACCAACCAAAGUCAAGCAAUUUCGACGUUUUAAGGAGUUUGUCGUUAAAUCGAGUGACGUUAUAAAGAGUUUACACUGUACAUGAAGACUAGAAUUCAUGUUUGAUUUGACUUUGAAUAAUAACACUUAGUAGUAACGAACAUUAAUUUGAUUACGAAUAAUUGACAUCGCAUACUUCGUGAGUCUGUAGUACAUCAAAGUUUACUGUUGAGGUUGAGGUUAAUUUAAUUUUGUGGUAUAAAUACCCAGUGCUACUGUUUUAGCGGGACCACAUAGUUCAAAACAUGAAUGACAUUUUAAAUGCACAAGUAUUCAAAGCUGUCUUGUGGAGCAUCAGUGAAAAAAUCACGUCAACAAUUGAAAACAUACUUUUUUUAUAAAAUAAAUUUAUAAACAGGAAAACAAAUAUACAACCAUGAACUACAACAGAAAACAGAUAGUACUCCUAAUAAGUGUACAAAGUUUUUAUGUUCUUUUUAUUUAAGAAUGAGAAUACUAUAAUGAUAAAUGAGUUGUGUGAACUGUUGUUUCAAGCCGGCAGAAGUUAUUAUUUUAUUAUAUAAUAUUAACACAAAAAAAAUAAUUAUUACUGUGUAUUAUGAGACACUUGGAAUUUUGGACUUUUAUUGUAUGCAUGACAAGGAGUGAGUGAUACAAUGUUUCAAAAUAUUAUGGUAAUGUUAAAAUUGCAGAUAGAAACAGAGUUAGCUAGGGAUAGAAAGUUUGAAGUGUAAAUAUUACAAGUUGCAGCCUAAUGAUGUAUCAAGUUCACACUUUUCAUUUAUGUCACAAUGUCUGUUAAUCAAAGAUACAUAAGCAGGUAAGCUGCUACUGCGUGUCAUGGUGGUAUAUAGAUUGUCACCAUCAAUUUAUACGCCGUUGCAACUAUCACGUCAAUAUUUUUUAAUUGCCACUGCAAGGGAGAGUCUGUCAUGGUUUUUGGCUUUCAUUUAUUUUUUCCCCCACUACUGAUACAUGCGAUAUACCUAAAAAUAAUAGUUUUUUCCCCCUCAAGUUUGAAAAAUUCCAAAUAGUCCGUGCUUCAAAUCUUGCACACUAUAUUUUCCGCUUUCGAUUUGCAUAAUGUAGGAAAACUUGUAAUUAAAACACAGAGUAUUGUUCAUGUUUGAUUAUGCAGUCCCAUUAAAACAUUAAACUUGGUAUUCAUAUCAUACAAAUGACCUAACCUAAACAGUAUAUGACAUACUCAUGAGGAAUCAUUUUUAUGUCAAAUAUUCAAACACCAGUAAAAUAUUUGUUAUUUUAAAGUGAUAGGUUUCGAAGACAAAUAAAUUGUUUCAAAGUCCAGUCAAAUACAAAUAAAAUCAACUAUCUGUAUUUUCUAAAAUUUCACAAUAUUCACAUUGGCCUAGAAAAUAGCCAUGGUAACAAUUAAAAAAUAAAAUUUUUAGUAGUGUUGGGCCGAUUCCUAAAAUAUACCGAUUCCGAUUCCAUUUUCGAUUCUUAAAUUAAAGGGUCGAUUCUUCGAUCCGAUUCAGAUUCCUUAAUUUUUAGCUGACAAUGUUCAACAGAGUAAUACACUCAGAAAAAAAAAGGUUGUUUAUGAUUUUAAAAAUAUAAUUGCAUAAUUAUAUAUAAUAUAUAUAUUAUUGAUAUAAUUGUGUUUCAUUUUCUGUGCAGAAAUUAACAUUAUAUACAGCUUAUAUAAUGUUAAAAAGUAUGUUCAUUACCAUCAAGUUAUGCUACCUUGAAUUUCUAGCACAAUUUGGCCUUUUAACCUUGCAUAUAGUUAGACGAAACAUGUGUUCAAACACUGCCAAUAAUCAAAGAUGUCUUAUGACGUAUUUUGUAAAUAAUGUUAUAACUUAACCAACUUUUGAUACCUUACAUUAUCAACUCAAUUAAUUAAUUCUAAAAAAAGAGGUUUGUACGUUUAGGUUAAGAAUUUUAUUUUCAAGCGCAAGUAAAUAAUGAUCCAAAUAAAAUGACAAUAUAACCUCGUUGAUACAUAUUUCAAGGGACCAUCUCACUUGGUGAAAAGAAUAAAUCCAUCCAGUCUUGCAGUUCUUCACAACCGUAAAGAGAAAAUAAAUUUUCGGUUCUUGACUAAGAACAUUCUGUGCAUGUUUAGCAUCUCAAAAUGUCCACAUUUUAUGGUGAGAUUUUCUUACACAAAAUAAUUAAACUCUUAAAAAAAUUGUGUGUUAACAUUUAAUUCAUUUCAAAAAUUUAUCGGAAACAAUUCUGUUAAACACAACUACUUUCAAGAUUGUUUAUGUCUGGUAAUAAAAAUUUACGAACGUUUCAGCAGCAAUGUUUGGAAAUCCAGAUUAGCCAAUAUAUCUAAUGUAAAAAGAGCAUCGCUGAACACGCACAAGAACGCCGAUUUACAGCAAUUUGGUUAUGUUGCUUUUAAACUUAUUUUAAUAUGGUCGCAGUAAUCCACUGUCAAUUUGGGUAAAAUCUCGUUCAAAAAUUAUUUCAUUUAAUUCUGUAAAGUUUAAAGUGCAGAGAUGUGAAACAUCUUAAUUUUCACGUUCACGUCACCAAAGAUUUGGUUCAUGGCCGUAUGGUUUACCAUGGCCGGUAGCACAAACAAAAAAUUAGGUUGUUUACAAUGGCAAAUGUAGCUGCCAUGAUCAAGUUGUUAACGUUUUACGUUAUUUUACUUGCCGUUUACAUUUACAUAAUUUUCUUUAAACAUUUAUGGUUUUGUCUAGUUAUUUUUGAAGGUUUACUAUUAAAUGCAGUGCUGCUGCAACGUAAUUUCCGAAAAAUGCUUUCGUUUAAAGCGGGAAAGUAGAUACUGCAUUUGUACUAUAGGGAAAAUGGCGGUGCAAGUAAAUAAAUACGUUAAUUACCGUAAUUCGUAAAUCAGUUUUGUAAAAAAGAUUGUAUUAUGUAGUUUAAAAAUUAUAUUUGCAUUCAUUUUAGUAUUUUCUUACGUUGCGUAGGAGAUGUAUUUUGUAAACUUAAAAACAAUGCAGGAAUCGGUCAUGGUCGAUUCCAAAACCAUUGUAUUCUGAAUCCCACGAUUAUACUGGAAUCGGUGGGACCGACCGAUUCCGGAAUCGGAAUCGACCCAUCACUAAUUUUUAGUUAAGGAAAGAAUUAUUCAGUAAUGAGUAAAUUUUUUCACAUUACAAAUGGAAGAUAAGAUUCCUCUCGCAACUGACAUGGAAUCAUGUAUGAUUCAAAACAUACAGAAUGUUGAGGAAUUGUACACAUUUAUAUAAGUUUGCUUAAGCAACAAUAAAACUGACAAUUUUAUAUCUAUUAAAAGUUGUCUUCAAAGUUUAUUUUUUAAAAAAAAAAAAUUAAAAA